GAGAGAUGUGGAGCUUUGGAAGAGCAGAAACAUCCAGACGUCCUGCGGAGCUGCACGUGCACCCUCUCUGUGUGAGCAGACUUUUAUUACAAGUGGUGCCAUUACCAUACAAAUCAACCAACCCUUAUGUCAGGGCCUUUCAAAGCGCCCUGAAGUGUCAACAGGAGUGUUCGAACAUGGCAGGUCAGACUGCGCGGGGGAUGAUCCGGGACUUGACUCUGCCCUCCGUGCAUGCUACAGAAGGUCUGGGGUCCAAGUCUCUGGGAGAAGCCGGGGCCUUCACUAAUGAGGCUGUUUCCAUCCUGUCCUCUACAAGCCAGCUAGCCCAGACCAUUCUGGAUCACACCUUUGCCCUUAAACACAAAGACAAUCCCAUCAACACUGAGGCCAAGUCAGGUGGCAGUUGUGAUGAAGAUAAUUGCAACAAUGCAUGUCGCAAACGAGAGUUAAUCUCUGUGGAGAAGAAAGAUGAAGCAUACUGGGACAAAAGAAGAAAAAACAAUGAAGCAGCCAAGCGAUCCAGGGAGAAGCGAAGAGCCAAUGACAUGGUGCUGGAGAGUCAAGUCUUGGGCCUGCUGGAGGAGAAUGCCCGCCUGAGGGCCGAGCUGUUGGUCCUCAAGUUUCACUUCGGCUUGGUCAAAAACUCAUCUGAUGCAUCCAUCCUGCCACUGUCUUUACCCCACCACGCAACUCUCAGCACAAACCAUGAGUGCCAGCCACACUCUUCACCACCAGGUCUCAAUAUACAGCCCAGCACUGGCCCUAACAACAUCCACAUUCAUCCUCCACCACAGCAAACAAUCAGUUGUCCAAGGAAAGUCAGGCCUCUGUCUGGUAAUUGUGUAUCAGAGCUCAGUGUGUCAACCUCAACUCUGUCAAACACUGGUCCUUACUCUGUGUUUUUGGGUGGCAGACCAAGUGGGAAAGGUAGACCUUUUCCAAGGGAGCUGGUGGGGGAGCACCAGGGCUCUAACUCCCACAUCUUUCCAGUGGAAACCAAAGAGAGUCAGUAUGUAAACAGACGAGACUCACCUGAGGGUAUUAGGAGCCUCCCACACAAGCUCCGCUUCAAAGGCCCUGGAGGGGAGCCUUCUCCAUCUUCUGAUAAAUACAGUGGACCACCCAUAGCCACAGUGGGACCAAAUAUUUAUGACAGGAACCUGCAGCAGGUGGGUUGGGUCAGACAGACAGAAAGUGUGGCUCAGUGGUCCAAGGAGGAGCCCUGUGGUGGGCAUCGAAGUCUGUCUUCUGGAUUCUAUAACCCUGUGCAAAACUUCAAUGACACUAAUCUUUCAACAGAAGACAAUAAUCUCAGAUGUCAGGUCAGUUGUUUGUCUCAAGAAGUGGCUCAACUCAAGAAGCUCUUGACUCAGCAGCUGCUUACUAGGCUCUGAGAUCCUGAGGGUCAAGUCUGCACUUAAGUUAUUGGUCAGAUUUACACGUAUCUUUUCUAACAAAAAAAUCUUCAUUUUCAUUUCAUCAAGACAGCCUGCCCCAGUAUUAUUACAAAGUAACACCUAAAGUGACAAACUUGUGUGGUUAGUCUGUGCUGAUCAGCACAUAAAAAAACACCUCAUGAUAAACUCAGGGUGAGACGAGUCCUUCAUGUUGAGUUUUCUGACAUUUGGAAAAGCCUGCAUAUUUUCAAGAUUGUCGUAUAAAAACAUCUCACAAUAAUUAGUUAUUGUAUGUAACGCCUCAAUAUUUCAUUGUUUACUGAUGUGGAAUAUAUUUUGUUGUGGAAAAUGCACAAUUUGAAGACUUUUUAACACAAAUACUGGAUGUCACUAUUACCAUAUGUUAGACAUGUAAUGCUGUACACACCACUUUCCACAUUAUUAUGCAAAUGACAUUUUUCUCUUAUUUUCCUAAAUAAUUAACGCAAAUGACAGAAUAU